AUGCACGCUGUACUCAUCGCUCCUACUUUGCUGGGCCUCGUCGGCUUGUGCCACGGCACCCCGUCCUUCCACGAGUCCAAGGAGGCGGGCUCACCACAGUUCUACAGCACCCCGUACGGUCUUCAGAUUGUCGCUCCUCGGACGCCUUACGUAGCCGUUUCGGGCACGAAUAAACUUUAUUACAUUGACACGCGCUUCAAUACCGAUACGGCCAGCCACAUCAAGGAGCAGGUUGAGUGGGCCGCGGCUCCCCGACCGGGUAGCUACAUCGCCAUCGACGACGUGGCGGCCACGGCCUCGGUCAAGGACGUCUCAACCAACGAGACGCUCUUUGACUUCAACCCGGCCUACGCGCGUGUGCUCUUCGCGUCCAUUCUCAACAAGAACAAUCCGUCGCUGGCGCUGCCUGUCCACGAGCCGGCAGGCGAUUGGGAGGUUACGUACGGCGAGGGCGCGCAGUCGCUUACGGAGCGGGCAGAUCACUGCUCCAAGUAUGGCUGCCACACGGAUGGUGACUGCACGCGCCAGUCGCAGCACUUGUGCGGCAAGUGCCACCACGCGCGCGUCGACAACGAGUGCCAAGUCGGUCAUGUCAACGCCAUCGGCCUCUGCGCGGGCGGCUGCAGCAAGGCCAUUGACACGCCCCGCAUCAAGGGGGAGAGUGAUUCAAGCUAUUACCAGCGCAUGGACAAGCUGCACUUUGGUGCAUAG